CGGAGCGGCGGGCGCCGGACCCCCAGGCGGAGCGACAGGUCUCGGGCCCCAGGCGAAGCGGCGGACGCCGGACCCCCAGGCGGAGCGACAGGCACAGAGUCACCAGGCACAACAGUGGGCUCCGAGUCAACUGGCAUGACCGCUGGCACUGGGUCAGACAUUGGAUCAUCUGGCUGGACAGCGGGCAUCGGGUCACCAGGCAUCAGGUCAUUUGGCUCGACAGCGGGCACCGCGUCAUCUGGCAAGGCAGUGGGCUCCGAGUCAACUGGCAUGACUGUGGGCACUGGGUCAGACAUUGGAUCGUCUGGCUGGACAGCGGGCAUCGGGCUGGGUAGAGGCAUCAGGCUGAAUGGAGGCAUCAGGCUGAGUAGAGGCAUCAGGCUGAAUACAGGCAUCAGGCUGGGUACAGGCAUCAGGCUGGGUACAGACCUCAGGCUUAAGUGCGGGUGCCGAGGCACCAGGCUG